UGAGCAGGGAAUGGGCGACUGGAAACAGGAUUAUUGUUCUACACAGCAGAGAGACGCAGGAGGGACCCGGGACAGGAGAGACACGGGGACACUGUGACAAAUCCGAGGAGAUUCUUUUUUUUUUCCUUUUGAAUUUUUACGCAUCAGAGAAACCGGUGGACUGUCUGGCCAACCAUGAACACCAUUGUGUUUAACAAGCUGAGCAGCCAGGUCCUGUUUGAGGACAAAGCGAAGGAGGUGGAAAUGAGCAGCAGAAAUUACCUAGAAGUCAUCGACGGGCAACAUUCAGACCUCCUCUCCAGCAACCAGGCCAUCAGAGACAACCAGGCGAUCAGACACAGGCGGAGCGGGGGUCGUCCCAGCGGCGGUAAAGUGCGACACAAGCGCCAGGCCCUGCAGGACAUGGCGCGGCCGCUCAAGCAGUGGCUCUACAAGCACCGAGACAACCCCUACCCCACCAAGACCGAGAAAAUCCUCCUGGCGCUCGGCUCGCAAAUGACCCUGGUGCAGGUAUCCAACUGGUUUGCCAAUGCCAGGAGGCGACUGAAGAACACAGUGAGGCAGCCAGACUUGAGCUGGGCGCUCAGGAUCAAACUCUACAACAAAUAUGUUCAGGGCAACGCCGAGAGGCUGAGCGUCAGCAGUGACGACAGCUGCUCAGAAGACGGGGACAAUCCUCAGAGGACACAGAACGGCCCCGAGGAGCUCAACAAGCCCAUCAUGUACCAGAGCGUCAUCAAGAAGGAGGGCUCCUCCAUGGUGGGCAUGGCCAUGGGCAUGGGAAUGGGCGCUGGGCUGCGUUCGGCCGCCGAGGCCGCCUCACUGGCCGAGGACUACGUGUCUCCGCCCAAGUACAAGAGCAGCCUGCUGCACCGCUACCUGAACGACUCGCUGCGCCACGUCAUGGUGGCCAACGCUGUCAUGGACGCUCGCAAGAGGAACCACUCCGGCUCCUUCAGCUCCAACGAGUACGACGACGAUCUGCUCUCGCCGUCCUCCUCUGAGGCUGAGGCGAACUUUGUUUAUCGGGCUGAAACCACAGACCAUGGAUCAAGUAAAUGUGACAAUGGAAGCGUUGGCGUCGGAGCUGCGCAGAAGGAGAAGGUGAAGGGCAAAGACGAGACAUACUGGAGGGAGAUCAACGCCGCCAUGGCCUUGACCAACUUGGCGCAGGGGAAGGACAGCGCCUCUGGAACCACCAGCUGCAUCAUCCAGAAGUCCUCCCAUAUAGCAGAGAUAAAGACUGUUAAAGUGCCGCUGGUGCAGAAAUAUUAG